AUGGCCGGGGUCCCGGCGCUGCUGCCGCUGCUGCUGGCGCUGGCGCAGGCGGGAGUGGUGGGCGCCGCGGGCUCGGUGCGCCUGGCGGGCGGCCUCACGCUGGGCGGACUGUUCCCGGUGCACGCUCGCGGCGCGGCGGGCAGGGCGUGCGGGCAGCUGAAGAAGGAGCAGGGCGUGCACCGGCUCGAGGCCAUGCUGUACGCCCUGGACCGCGUGAACGCCGACCCCGAGCUGCUGCCCGGGGUGCGCCUGGGCGCCCGGCUGCUCGACACCUGCUCGCGGGACACGUACGCGCUGGAGCAGGCGCUGAGCUUCGUGCAGGCGCUGAUCCGCGGCCGCGACGGCGAAGAGGCUGCCGUGCGCUGCCCCGGCGGGGUCCCCCCGCUGCGCACCGCGCCCCCGGAGCGCGUGGUGGCUGUCGUGGGCGCCUCGGCCAGCUCUGUCUCCAUCAUGGUCGCCAACGUGCUGCGCCUGUUCGCGAUCCCCCAGAUCAGCUACGCGUCCACGGCCCCGGAGCUCAGCGACUCCACACGCUAUGACUUCUUCUCCCGCGUGGUGCCCCCUGACUCCUACCAGGCCCAGGCCAUGGUGGACAUAGUGCGGGCACUGGGAUGGAACUACGUGUCCACGCUGGCCUCUGAGGGCAACUAUGGCGAGAGUGGGGUUGAGGCUUUUGUGCAGAUCUCUCGAGAGGCUGGGGGGGUCUGUAUUGCCCAGUCCAUCAAGAUUCCCAGGGAACCAAAACCAGGAGAAUUCAAUAAAGUGAUCAAGAGGCUCAUGGAGACACCGAAUGCCCGGGGCAUCAUCAUCUUCGCCAACGAGGAUGACAUCAGGAGGGUUCUGGAGGCUGCACGCCAGGCCAACCUGACUGGCCACUUCCUGUGGGUUGGCUCAGACAGCUGGGGAGCCAAGAUCUCACCCGUUCUGAACCUGGAGGAUGUGGCCGUGGGAGCUAUCACCAUCCUGCCCAAAAGGGCCUCCAUUGAUGGAUUUGACCAGUACUUCAUGACUCGAUCCCUGGAGAACAACCGCCGAAACAUCUGGUUUGCUGAGUUCUGGGAAGAGAAUUUUAACUGCAAACUGACUAGCUCAGGUACCCAGUCUGACGAUUCCACCCGCAAAUGCACAGGUGAGGAACGCAUCGGCCGGGACUCUGCCUACGAGCAGGAAGGGAAGGUGCAGUUUGUGAUUGAUGCUGUGUACGCCAUUGCCCACGCCCUCCACAGCAUGCACCAGGCUCUCUGCCCCGGGCACACAGGCCUGUGCCCAGCAAUGGAGCCCACUGAUGGUCGGACACUGCUGCAAUAUAUUCGAGCCGUGCGCUUCAAUGGCAGCGCAGGAACCCCUGUGAUGUUCAAUGAGAAUGGGGACGCACCUGGGCGAUAUGACAUCUUCCAGUACCAGGCGACCAAUGGCAGUGCAGGCAGUGGCAGCUACCAGGCGGUGGGCCAGUGGGCGGAGACCCUCAGGCUGGAUGUGGAAGCCCUGCAGUGGUCAGGAGACGCCCGAGAGGUGCCCGAGUCUCAGUGCAGCCUCCCCUGUGGGCCGGGGGAGCGGAAAAAGAUGGUGAAGGGCGUCCCCUGCUGUUGGCACUGCGAGGCCUGCGACGGGUACCGCUUCCAGGUGGACGAGUUCACUUGCGAGGCCUGCCCGGGGCACAUGAGGCCCACGCGCAACCACACGGGCUGCCGCCCCACGCCGGUGGUCCGCCUCUCCUGGUCCUCGCCCUGGGCGGCCCCGCCCCUCCUCUUGGCCGUGCUGGGCAUCAUGGCCACCACCACGGUGGUGGCCACCUUCGUGCGGCACAACAACACCCCCAUCGUCCGCGCCUCUGGCCGUGAGCUCAGCUACGUCCUCCUUACCGGCAUCUUCCUCAUCUAUGCCAUCACCUUCCUCAUGGUGGCUGAGCCCGGAGCGGCGGUCUGCGCCACCCGCAGACUCUUCCUCGGCCUCGGCACCUCCCUCAGCUACUCGGCCCUGCUCACCAAGACCAACCGCAUCUACCGCAUCUUUGAGCAGGGGAAGCGCUCGGUCACGCCUCCGCCCUUCAUCAGCCCCACUUCGCAGCUCGUCAUCACCUUCAGCCUCACUUCCGUGCAGGUGGUCGGAGUGUUGGCCUGGCUGGGGGCCCAGCCCCCGCACAGUGUGAUCGACUAUGAAGAGCAGCGGACGGUGGACCCAGAACAGGCCAGAGGCGUGCUCAAGUGCGACAUGUCGGAUCUGUCCCUCAUCGGUUGCCUGGGCUACAGCCUCUUGCUCAUGGUCACAUGCACGGUGUAUGCCAUCAAGGCCCGUGGCGUGCCCGAGACCUUCAAUGAGGCCAAGCCCAUUGGCUUCACCAUGUACACCACCUGUAUCAUCUGGCUGGCUUUUGUGCCUAUCUUCUUUGGCACUGCCCAAUCAGCUGAAAAGAUCUACAUCCAAACCACGACGCUGACUGUGUCCUUAAGCCUGAGCGCGUCAGUGUCCCUCGGCAUGCUAUAUGUACCCAAGACCUACGUCAUCCUGUUCCACCCGGAGCAGAACGUGCAGAAGCGGAAGCGAAGCCUCAAGACGACCUCCACAGUGGCAGCCCCCACCAAGGGUGAGGACACAGAGGCCCCAAGUAGCAAGUAG